AUGGCUGCUCAUGCUCAUAACGGGACCAGUAACCCCCGCAAUAACGCGUACAGCGGACCCUUAUCGCCGUCGGCGGGUCUGGGCAGAACGGGAAGUGUUACUACAGGGGGGGGUGUGACUACAGCAGGGUCGGUGAGCGACAGCAGCAAGGCGGCCAGCGCGUUAUGGCUCAUGGCGUCACACUUCGAGAGUACACAUCAGAUUCCGCAGUUGGUGAAGUGCUUGGAAGCCGUGUGUCAGAGUCCCCAGCCGUUCCUUCCUCUCGUGGAGGUUCGCACCCGCUGCUGGCUGGCUCAUGUGCUACUGAAACACUCCCGCUAUGUGCUGCACGCCAAGGCACAUCUCGAGAGAGCGCAAGUGCUUCUGAAGGCCAUUCCUGGGAAUAUCCCCCUCAAGUGCACGGCCCUCUCUCUGCUCGCCACGUGUUACCACCUGAUUGGCCACGCCCACUUUCACAAGCACAUACUUCAGAAGGGCAUCGAUCUAGUCACACACCAGCUCGCCACACUCCCACGCUCAGCCUCGGGUUCUGAAUCAGGUCCCAGCUCGGCUGCAGGCUCGGGGUUAGGUUCGGGAGGAGGUUUGGGCGGAGGUUCGGGCGGAGGGUCGGCGGCGGAGCUGGCUCGGUGGAUGGGGGUGUUUUCAGUGGGGAUGGCGGGGCGGUUGCUGGGGGAGGGGGAUGUGGAGGGGGCUGCUGCUGCAUUGGCGAAGGGGAUGGCUGCUGUACAGACGACAGGGGAUAGGGGCAUGAUGCUCCUGCUAUCCGCUUCCCUGCUGCACAUUCGCAUCUCGACCGUCCAUCACACGCCACAGCAGAUCUCAGCCCUUCUUUCGGACUGCACCUCGUUGUGGCAGCAGAUCCCGCCACGUCAGCAGCCAGACUACCGUGGCCUGUUCGUCUACGUCCAAUUACUGGCUGCCACGUGGCACCUCCGCAUGGCUGACUACAACCAGGCCAAGGCUGACGUGGCAGCAGCAGAGGAGGCACUGGCGGGGAUGAGUCCCGCUGCAGCGAAUCGUGAGGCGCCAGCUGGCAGCUCGCCAGUUGCUGCGUCAGCGCCACGUCAGCAGCAGCAGGGCGGGAAUGUGCAUGCACAGAGGCUGGGGCAGGAUACAGGAGCAGUAAGAGCAGUGGGUGCAGCAGGAGCAGCAGGGGCAGCAGGAGGGGUGAUGGGCAACGGAGCAGGGGCAAUGGUCGCAGGGGAAGGAGGAGAAGCGUCAGGCGCAUGUUUCAGGGAUGAUCUGUUGAUGCGGUUACCACUGGGCCCGCCCCACGUGCUCAAUGCUGAUUGGCUGCCGCUGCCAGCUGUCAGGGCGGUGGCAGGCCUGCUAAAGGUCAUGCUGAGCCGCCCGGGAGGAAAGCUCCUGGAAGCUGAGGGGGCGUUGAAGGAGGAGAGGGAGAUGCUGCGAGAUGAGCUUCACCGCAUCGGGGUCCUCCCAGGCUCUACAGAGUCCUCUCUGGAGCCUUGGAGUGUGCCGUGGGCCGGCAUGCUCCUGAUCUUGCUGCUCUACGUCUUGGAAGCCCAGGCAGUGCUGGCUCUGACGUCCACAGAGUAUCUUCUCUCUCAACGGGUUCUGUUGGAGAUUUGUGAUUGGUCAAGCCGCUUCCCGACCCUGCUGGCCUCGUUCGGUCCGAACCUCCACCUCCUGCUCGGGCAGUACGCCCAUGCCACAAUCGACCUUCCAAUUGCAAUCCGCCACUUCAGCACCGCUGCUGCCAAGGCCGGGUCCUUGUCCCCCCAUCAUCUCCACCAUCGCCCCAUCCGCUGCCUUGCUCUCUGCCUCUCUGCCAUCGUGCAUCUCACCAUCGACGACCCCUCACACGGGCACAUAUCCCAGGCAGUGGACAUUCUAUCAGCUCUGGAGCAGGAAGAAGCACAGCACGCCCAAACGCGACAGCAGCAGCAGCAACAAGCGGGAGCAUUGCCAUCACCAUCAGCAGCAUCACCGUCAGCAGCAGGGGUUGCUACAGGGGAGGAAAGGAAGAGGGAGCAGUGCGCGCAGCUGCUGGCAACAGCUCUGCUGGCGCUUAGACAGGGAAACCUGGUGGAUGCUAGGAGCCGACUCGCCCAAGGGCUGUUGGUGACUCACCGCCAGCUCAGCAACCACCAGAUUGCCGCCCAUUUCCUGCUGGCCAUAGGCGGCAUUGCACUGCGCACCAGCGACCUUGUUGGAGCAAAGGACAUUCUGAGAUCUGGGUUGACUCUAUUCCGGGCGGCAAGAGAUACCCAGGGCGUGGUGGCUGUUGCAGCAGAGUUGUCACUCUUGUACAGGUCAACAGACGAGGCGAUGGCAGAGAGUCAGAACGCGGCGUAUCUGAAUCGCAAGCGAGGGGAGCUGAGCCAGCAGGUCACAGCAGCGGUUGGUGCACCAGGGCAUGCCAUACUGCUACAG